AACUCGCUGAUAACAGGGUUCUGCUUCACACGAGGAUUAUAAGUAGUCUCUCGGCUGUUUUCAAUGUUAUUUGUGGCGUUUUACAAAACUGUACAAACCGACUCCUAUGCUUCUCAUCUACACUUAGGAAUCACCUCCUUGUCUUCAAACUGUCUCGGCAUAUUUCUUUCGCUCUGUGAAAAUGGGAUCAAAGACAGAACUGCCUGACGCAUCCUCGCCUGAGCUGAGGCUGGUGUUCCCCACCGAGGACGAGAAAGUCCGGACAUGGACACUGAACCAUGUGGAAUGGGGCGGAGCGCUGAGCCUGGAGGACUAUCUCGCGCGAGAGCCGUUCCUGGCCACCAUCCCGCUCGCCGAGAACGGGGGCAUGAGAUAUUGGAUCCUCACAGACUCGUCCGCGGCGCCGGGGAGCCGGCCGGUGCUCGCGAGCUGCGAAACGCUGAGGAAGAAAGUGUUAGUUACGGAUCCCAAGACGGGAGAAGUGCGCGAGGACAUAGCAUACGGCAUCGCUAGUGUUUACACGGACCCUCCGUACAGGGGUCGGCGAUACGCCAGCCGCAUGUUGCAGGAACUGGGCCGAGUGCUCGGAGAAGGCUUCGAAGAGCUUGAUGGCCAACAUGCCAAGCCAGCUGCCAGUGCGCUAUGGAGCGAUAUUGGCAAGUCCUUCUACGCCAAGCUCGGCUGGGCCCCGUGUCCAAGUCUGCAUGUCAGCUUUGCCGUUCCGGCUACGGCUAAAGCCGAUGAAUCCCAACCGGACAGCGAGAUCAUCACGUACGAUAAUCUGGAGUCCUUCUGCAAGUCGGACGAGGAGCUGAUGCGGAAGCGACUAUCCGGACACGCCAGGGACGGCAAGCCGCAGAUUGCUUUCGCCCCGAACUACGACAUCAUACGCUGGCACCUGUACCGGGGCGGAUUCAUCGCAGACCGGGUUUUCAAGGGCCAGGAGCAGACUCCGGCCAAGGGCGCCGUCGCCGGAGCACAUGGCAAGAGGGUGUGGGCCAUCUGGACCAGGAACUACCGUGGCGACGGCGAGGAUGCCGCCAAGAACACAAUGUAUAUCCUCCGGUUGGUCGUCGAGGACGAGUCGGCUUCGCAGGAGGAGCUUGUUUCUUCUUUUGGCGCUGUUAUGCACAAGGCUCAGUCCGAGGCCAGGCAGUGGAGGCUCGGCAAGAUCGAGCUCUGGAACCCCAGCCCGGUGGUGGAUGUCCUGAUCAAGAAGAGCGGAUUGGAUCAUGAUAUCAUUGAGAGACAGAAGGACAGCAUCCCGAGCUUGAUGUGGUAUGGUGAGGAGGAUACCCAACAAGUUGAUUGGGUUGCAAAUGAGAAGUUCUGCUGGUGUUGAUCUGACACAAAGAAAACCGCCAUGAGUGUAUGUAAUGACGCCAACGAAAUGGUAUUUUAGAGCUAUAAUGAAUAUUUGUUGUAACGUCUCUGGUUAUGUAGGUAACUCCCCCCAACCGUAUAACUCAGAUAUUUACUGAUGAUUGGUCUAUCUACCUAUAAAUAAUCCAUGUACUUAUGAUCACAGUUAAUCAUUGUAAUCUUAUAUUAUGCCACUAUUUUUCCUUUUGUAAUGACC